ACGUCAAAUUUGGGGCGAAGGUUAUGGUCAUCAAUUGUCCUCGAUAUCAUCUGUUUAGUUUAAUAAUUGAGCAGAUAAUUCGGAUAUAAUUCAAUCUCACGCAGGCAGAUCGAUAUUAAAAAUUGUUCUUUGUUUAUUAAGACCAUUCUCCACUCGCUAGAGUAAAUUUCGCACUAAAGAAGUAUUAUGUAACUUACUUCUUGGGAAUAGCUAGAAUAGAAUUAUUCAAAAUGUCAGAGGUUAUGGCAAAUGGGACUAAUUCUAAGCGGGACCCAGUUCUUUCUCGUCUGCUCACUUCCCUAAAAACCAGUGGUGAGAGUAUACCAUCUACCGAAGAAGAUAUAGGGUUUCUCAGCGAUCUCCUUCAAUCAAAAGAACUCCACGCCCUAGUAAAUGUACAUAACAAGAUUAUCAGCAAUGGUGCUAGCGGAAAAUUUUUUCCAAUGUUGUCCACAUCAAUGCACGUCAUGGUUGACGUUUUGGAAGAGUUGGCCAGUAUUCCUCAAGCUUCCGAUGACUGCAAGGAGCUAUUUUAUUUGCUUCAGAAGCCGAAUAUACAGGGUGUCCUAUGUGCACAUGACGCAGUAGCCCAAAAAGAUUAUUACCCUCAUCUGCCAGAAAUUCCUCCGGAUGCUGAUGAAGAAGAAGAAACUGUUAAAAUAGUGCAGCUUGUUAAAAGUAACGAACCUUUGGGAGCUACAAUAAAAACCGACGAGUCCACAGGAAAAAUAAUUAUAGCAAGAGUAAUGCAUGGUGGUGCAGCUGACAGGUCCGGACUUAUCCAUGUAGGAGACGAAGUUGUUGAAGUUAAUAACAUCAAUGUCGAAGGAAAAACUCCAAAUGAUGUCCUCAGCAUAUUGCAAAAUUCAGAAGGUACAAUCACAUUCAAAUUAGUUCCAGCCGAUGGUAGGCUUAACCAAAGAGAAAGUAAAGUGCGUGUAAGAGCACAUUUCAAUUAUAAUGCAGAAACGGAUCCUUAUAUUCCAUGCAAAGAAGCUGGUUUAGAUUUCGAGAAGGGUGAUAUUCUUCACAUUGUUUCGCAAGAUGAUGCAUACUGGUGGCAAGCAAGAAAGGAAGGAGACAGGAAUAUGAGAGCUGGUUUGAUACCUAGCAGAGCUCUACAAGAACGACGAAUUGUACAUGAAAGAUCCCAGGCCAAUAGUGAUGAGCCAGAACCUCUCUGUUCCGUCUCUCCGAUAUUAGGCCUAUCCUGCAAUCAAUCGCCAAAGUCUCCACACUGUGCAUCUGCUCCAAAAACAAAGAAGAUUAUGUACGAUACAGCGGAGAAUGACGAUUUUGAUAGGGAACAAAUUGCGACGUACGAAGAAGUGGCCAAACUAUAUCCAAGACCCGGAAUCUACAGACCCAUUGUUUUGAUAGGAGCACCAGGAAUAGGCCGCAAUGAACUGAAGAGGAGGUUAAUAGAUACCAACCCUAUGAAAUAUAAGACUCCUAUACCAUUUACCAGUAGACCAAUAAGACCAGGCGAAGUGGAAGGAAAAGACUACUUUUUUGUCUCUAGAGAAAAAAUGGAAGAAGACAUUGAAGCAAACAAAUUCAUAGAAUUCGGCGAAUAUAAGGGUAAUCUCUACGGAACCUCUACGGAAAGCGUUAAAGCUAUAAUAAAUAGCAGCCAUGUGUGUAUCCUCAAUCCUCACUAUCAGGCCUUAAAAAUACUGAGGAAUCCAGAUCUCAAGCCCUACAUCAUUUACAUCAAGCCUCCUUCGUUAGAAGAACUAAAAGAAACUAGGAAUGCAGUACAUGCAAGAUCCACCUUUGAUGUUAAUAAUUCUAGAGGUUUUACGGAUGAGGAGUUCAACGACAUCAUCAAGUCAGCGCAAAGGAUUGAAUUUCUGUACGAUCAUCUUUUCGAUGAUAGAAUCGUUAACGCUGAUUUGGCAGUAGCUUUCAGUGAAAUCCUUCAAAUUGUUAGUCGUGUUGAAACGGAACCCUUAUGGGUACCCGCCUCUUGGGUGCAGUAAAUUUACGAUUUAGUUAUUUUGCCAAAUAUGAGAUUAACUCGAAUUGUUACCUUUUUCUAUUCGCUUGGUGUGAAACAUUCAUUGCAUUCAGAAGAAUUUUUUGUAUUUGAAUUUAACUAGAUACAUUAAGUCCUUCAUGUGUAAUAUCACACAGUCCGGUAGAUAAUCGCCUUUUCAUUAACAUUUUUCAGUGUGGACAAUAAUAUUUUUUCAUUUCUUUUUUUUUCACUUUUAUUUACGUAUUAGGAUUCACUGUUUAUUUAAUUCACAGUAAAAUGUAAUAUAUUGGUUGUUGAAAAAAAUUCAACUUUAUUUUAUUAUAGUUAUAGGUUAUAGUUAUUCCCUUAAGGGAGGAAAUAUCUCAGAAACUCAUUCUGAUAAACGAUAUUACUGUUUUUCCUCACUUAAAUCUAUUGAUUCAAGAUAGGGAUUGUUAAAAAUUCUUCAGUUCUAUAUUUGUACACAUUUGUCGGUUCUUUAUCUUUCAAAGGAACACUCCUAAAUGUAAAACAUUUCGAUUCCAUGAAAUAGAUAUACAUUUAUAUGAAAUUCAAAAAUAGAUUUGUUGUAGUUUUUAUACAAAUUUAAAAAUUUUCUAGAAUACCCCAUCACGCGAUGUUAUUAGUGUAUAUAAACUAAUUUGUUUCAUGAGUGAUAGGCAUAGGCUGAUUAGUUUAUUUAUUCGACAAUCACGUUAACAUUUUCACUAUCACAUUAGUUUUUUGAUGAGCAGUUCUCAACCAAUGUUCAUGUUGCGCCCUCCCUCGGGAGAUUGUGGUGUUUCCCAGAAGCAUUUUUCUUUCCUAUAGUGCUAGCGCAACUAGGUGCACUAAUUCAUUGGGAAACGGAUGCGCGCAAAACCAUGCAUUCUGUUCCCUAGUGGUUAACGUUAAGAAUGAAAUAUUCAAAUAACUUUGCACAGGUACCAAGUUCAGUAUGAAUGCUGAUUUUCAUUUACAUUUACCAUCACAUUUUUUCAGUUUGUUAAAAAUCAUACGUUACCUACUAUUAGAGUUAACGUUAUACUAUUUAUUAUUUGUGCAUAAAAUCAACUAUUCAAGAAAGAAUAAAAAAUUAAAUUGUGUUUCCUUUGCAUGGUGAGGGGAAAUAUACCACGCAAUGAUCUGAACAAUUCCAAAUGGACAAUUAAGCAAAUUAUAUUUCAAUUUAGCAAUAUAUUGAAAUAUAAAGAACCUAAACACCUAAAAUAUGACACAUCUUAAGAACAAAUUAAAAUUAUCAUCUCAAACUUCAAACAUUAAUUUGAAACGUAACAGGUUAAGCAUAUAUGCACAUAUUUUUUGCAUGUAUGCUGAGGUGCGUAAACCACUUAAGUGUCGCGCGCAUUCAUUACCUAAUGAAUUAGUGCAUCUGGUUGCGCUAUAGGAAAAAGAAAAAUGCUUCCUGAGACCACUGAUCGUAUGCCAAUUCAGUGGUCCUUUCUCUAUACACCUCUCACUUCCAAAGCGGUGACUAGUGGUACUUUGCCGCAGCAUGGUUGGCUUUAUUUCCCAAGCGGUGUCCUUCAAAGAGUCACCACUGUUUAAAUGUAAUACAAUUUCUUCUGUCUUCAUUUUUUAUUAUUUGCUUUUUGACCUGUUUAAGAUAAAUUUAAGUACUUAUAUUUUUAUUUUCCUAGCAUUCUGCUUGAAACUGACCGUUUCAUUGUUGGCAAGGACUUAUUUGAAUUAAUUCAAAUGUGAUUAACGAAGGGGAAAUUUGUUAUAUGUAUAUCUGAUAAAUUGGCAUGAAUAUAAAAUAACAAUGACUCGAAGAAAAUGUUUGUUUCUUGAGUAUAGUGCCAAUUGACGAUCUAGACUAAAGCUUUCCUAAAUAAUACUAUAUAAUAUGAUGUAUAAGGUGUCCACAAAAGAUAUGAUAAGAUAAUGAAGAGUUAAAUGAAAUAAAGGUGAAAUAUCAGCUUUAUCGUUAGCCAAAUGAAAUUAUUCUAGUAUUAUCUCUAUCAUGGUAGGAUAAUGCUAAUUCUCUGAGGAAAUCAUUAUACAGUUCUGGUCCAAUGGUAUUCACAUUUUUAUCAAAUAAAUGAGAACUUGGACCAUUAGUAUUUUUUUAAAAAAAUUCUCAGUUCAUCAUUGGCAUUAAAUUUAUCAUCUGAUUGCUUCUAUUUUGAAUGGAUUCUGAUCAAUCAUAUUGAUAUUUCAUUUAUAAUCAAUUGUUGAAUCCACAUCGGUAUAUUAUUAACUAAUGCAAGAUUAUUAUCUGAGUUUUUUAUAUGUUUAAUUUUAUAUGGAUAUAUUUUCUCCCGAAGAAACACUUAGGGUCAUAAUAUACUUGCAACAUUGCUUUUAGACUGCUAUUGUGAUUUUAGUAUGGACUCGUUUCACAAACUGAGACAGGUUUUCCUAAAUUCAUCAACAAAAAAUUGCUUCUUUUCUAAACAUUUGAUUCAAAUUACUUUGGUAUACGUGAGGCUCCGGACUGUAAGGUUUUCCUAGGUACUGCUUUUCUAUUAGCUCUUGGAUAAACAAUUUAUAGAGCUGUACCUAAAUUGGCGAUGGGACACAGUUACCUAGCCUACAGAGAAAUAACGGAUUUUAUGAGUUAGCACAAACACUUUGCUUCUGAGAGAAAAUUAAACAUCAUAUAUUGAUUGCUGAGGGCUAAUUAAAGUGCUUCUUUGGCUAAAACUAUUUCUCUUAUCAAGAACUUUGAUGUGAUUACUUCACCAUUUAUGAUAUUUUUCAAAAGUUAUUAAAACGUUUCAGUUGUAAUUUAGUCGAUUAGUAAUUUGGAAAUGUACAAAACUCCACUUUUUUAGACACCUUGUACAGUACCUAUUCGAUUUUGUUAAUAUUGUGUGGAAAACUCAGCGAAUAUCUGCUUAACCCAUUUUUUUAUAGUUUACAUGUUUUUCAUUUGAAACUCAUUAUGCUUCAACAGAAAAUCCACUCAAACGAUGUUGAUGUAGACACUGCCAUAUUGUUUUAAUUUCAAAGCAUUUAUCUGCAAUAAACUAUUGUUGACAUAUUUA